GUCACCCGAACUCUAGCACUUCGACUCGGGCUGAGUCAGCAGAAGAGCAGCCUUGGGUGCCCUAGACCUCCUCGAAACGAAGUCACCGACGCGGCCUCAUCGCUCUUCAUGGGCACUUACCUGGGCAAGGCAGGACCCCAGCCGCCGUCCCCAGCCCAGGUGCGCACAGACUUGCCCGAGAGGUCGGUGAACCGUCGGCCGGCUCAGCCCCUUCACCAAGUCCACCGGGUUCAGCACGUCCAUCGCGCCCACCCCGCCCCGCGGCACAGACCUGCGCGGAGGCCGCCAAACUGGGACCCUAACAAUCCCACCGCGCGGAGAGUCAAUGAGGCUUGGAGGCGCUUUCCCAUGAGGAGGCCCCCAAAUUCCAUCCUGGGGCCUCUGCCCUCCGACUGGUGGGAAAGUUACCUCAAGCGGUGCAUUUGGUCUCUUCGGCACCCCCGGGCAACAUGGAGCCCGGUGACCAUCAAAAUCGCGCCUCCGGAGCGCAGAGCUCCCCCCUCCACGUCCCCGGCGGAGGUCAUCAAUUCCGCGGAGUCAUCGCUCGCGGAGAAGACCCCAGACCCGUGCGCCAAGGAGACAGUGCUGCGGGCCAUCAGACAGAGCGCGAAAGGCAAGGCCAGGCUGCAGAAGCCGCUCUCCCCUGAGAGUCUGGACUGCAAGAGAAGAGGCUCAGAGACCAGAUCAUCCGCAUUUAAGCCCCUGAUGAAAAACGGAACCCGCACUUCUUUUGUGCCCAGGUCUGGGGCUCUGAAGAGAAGCCUCCACUCUUGCAACUCAAACCACAGCUUGAAUAAGAGGCCCAGUUGCUCCUCCAUGAGCUCCUUGGGCAGCACACACAUCGGAGACUCCCUCAGCUCCAAAAGAAAUGUGAUUACAAGCUCUUACAGCUCUUCUAGAAAUUUCUCCCAGAAGAGAAGUGUUUCCAGGGCAUCCCUCCAGACACCAGAGUGGCCGGUGAAAAAGCAAGAAAAAGGUCAUCAGACUCACUCCCCAGAGGCCCUGAUAUCAGAAUUUGGCAGAUCUGGGCAGCAAAAUCAGAAGAUUCCACUGCUUCCACCUAGCCCCCAGAACCUGCUGGCUCUUGCCCCACCCCCACAGCUUGGUUAUGUGCUCCCUGAAGAGGAUCUGGCUGGAGGGAAGAAGGUUAUACUAACAUGGGACAACAAAUGCAGAGAGGGUAUGACCGAGCCCGCCAUGGUCUCUGAUCCUGAGAAUCAGUCUAUUCUUCAGACUUCCCCGCCUCUCACCCCACCUUCUGCAGAGACAGCUCCCGCACAGGGCUCACAUCCUCAGCUGGAAGGCUUACAGAAAAUGCAGGAGUCCCCAGGCCCUGUGGCCCACCCACAAUCUCCUGGAGAAGCAAUUAGUGUGACUGGGUCACCUCUAAACACACCCUGCUUGCUGACCCCACUUGGGUGCUCACAAUCAGAGUCCCCUCCAGGCACCUCUUCAGACUCCGAAUCCAAAGCUACUUUCAUCCUCCUGACCCCUGUUUCUCUCACAUCACCACCUGACACCACCUGGCCACAUUCCACCCCUCAGGCUGACCAGUCCUCCCUGCCCCAGGCCCUGCCUGCCACUACCCCUGGAACACCCACCCCUGGAACACCUGUCACUACCCCUGGAACACCCACCACACAAAGCCAUUUGUUUGGAAUGGUGAGUAGCCCAGCUCCCCAUCUUCCCGCAUCCGCACCUCCUACUGCAGCUUCGGCUGACCACAUAUCAAAAUGCACUUUGGGGCUCACACCCGAUAGUGAGAUUAGAGGCUGCUUCUAUUCCAGAAUUCCCGUCACAACAGCGGCAUCUUCAACACUGGGUACCUCGACUCCCAUUUUCAAGCCUAUCUUUGGCAGCAUAGGCCCACUUGAAACUAUGCCCAUGAUGUCUCCUUUCCCUUGCAAGCAGACCUCCCCUCUAACUACUCCGGCAUCUCCCCAUCUCUUCCAUGGCCUGGUCAAGGCCACCUCAGUUGUCAUGUCCACCACUCAAGCCAGCACAUGUAAAGACACUGUUUCCAAGCUACCUUUCGAUGUGGGUGUGGUAAACGCUCCCCAGGCCCUAAGCGAUGCUUCCGUCACCCCUUCCACUUGCCACACAUUCCUUCUCGGGGCUGCCCGGGCCUUCAGGGCCAACUUCUCACCAGCCACAGGUUUCAUGUUCCCACCACACACCUGUCCUUCUGUACACUCACUCACCAUCUUCAGCCAGGUUCUUCCCAGUGCUGGCCAGAUAUCCCCGAACAACAGCGCAGCCAGUUUUCAGAGUAUGAACAGCCUGUGGCCAGUCUCAGGUCUGGCAACCCCGAGCCAGCCUGCACUGGCCUCCAGUAUGUCUAAACCAACCUCAGCAUUCACAGUUCCCUUGGGAUCAAGCUCAGGGCCAACUUUCCCACUAUCCCCAGCAGCCACUCCCCAGCCUGCCUUUAGGGGAACAGAUAGGCAGAAACAAGAGCUCCCCCAGCCAGCCGCGGGCCUGAGCUUCAAUAGAUCUCUGAUAUUUGGAAACUCAGCAAUAUCAUCCCCAACUCCUGCACCAAGUCCAGCUCAGCCAGCCUUCAGCAGUCCCACACAGUCAGCCCCUGUAGAUCUGACACCCUCAGCCUCUACCUUUCACAUCCCUGCCAGCGUCAGGCAGGAUGCAGGCAGCAGCCCAGCAUGCUUUCCCUUUGGUCAAGCCAGUGCCACUGGUUUCGGAGCUGCCACCCAGACGCACCUGAGUGGGGCCUGCAGCUCAGUGUUUGGCAGCAUGGCCCCACGACCCUUUGCCUUUGGGGGAUUAGUGACCCCUAUGGACUGUGGGGACUCUGGAGCCAGCCUGGCUGCCUCAGACAUGAGAUCCACCUCUGGCUCACGCAGCUUUGCAACAGAGUCUCGAGGGGCCUCUAGCAAAGCCCCGCCCUUCGGAAAAGCCUGGAGUCAGAACACCAGGGGCCCUGCCAGCCAGAGCACACCUUUUGCCUUGGGGAGAACCAACAUUUCUGCAAGAAAGAAUAUGUUUGGGGGGCCCUGCAGGCCCCCCUUUGCUCAGAGCACCCCUGUCCACGGACCAGUGAAGACAGGCAGCAUCCACAGUUUUGGGGUGCCCUCUCCACCCGCCCACGGCUUUGUUGGGAGAGCACCUUUCAGGUCGUCAGCCCCUUCAUUUUCCAUUGGUGCAAAAUCAAAAACCCCAAAGAAUAGGGAGCAAGGGCAUUCCCGAAGGCACCAUGCCCACAAGAAAUAGCCUGUGUUCCCUGUCACCCACAUUCUGAUGUGGCCCCUCAGCGUUGCUGUGAAGAACCUCAGCAUCUUCCAAUUCUUUAAAGCAAACACCCCAAACCUCUGUCUAGGGCUUUCCUGCUCCAGCCUCUGGGUCCUAAUCUACAUUCUAGGACGACGACCAAGGUAUCUAGUGGAGACAGCAGAAUGGAAAGUGGGUAGAACCAAACCUUUGGGAUGGAACAGAGCCUUGUCUUCCCCUCCCAGCCUGCUCCUCUCUGGGUCAGCACAGGUCCUGCCUCCAGUUCUGUCCCUGGAAAAGAGAUGCCAGGGGGCAGUGUUUAUAGCCCAUGUUCUCCUGCAUCUUUGGGAGGAGAAACCGAGUCUCUCAAAUCUUAGCUGCUUUUAUUUGGCAUUAAGAAGUGGUUCCCUUUCUCCGGCCCCCUAGGGAUGCUGACUUUGUUCUCCAGUGGAUUCUUCCAGGGCCUUUUGAUUAAUUUGACCUUGAAUGCAAUUUCCCCUGAGGCUCAACAGUCAACCCUGGAGGGCGCCCUUGUGUGCUGCUCUUGCUGGACCACUUCCUCCCACCAAGUCUGAAUCUUUUCCUAAGAAAGGUGGUAUUCCAACCUCAUCUUUUUUUAUCAGGUUAGCCCCUAAAAGAUUCCUGAGUUAAUACACAGCCCCCCAGACGUCAGACCCCAGAGGUCCCUCCUCAUUCCAAGAAAAAAAAUAAACUUGGCCGGUUUCCUUUCUAGCACGGAGCUAACUGGUCCGCCUUUCCCACCUGCCACUUCUCCAUUUGUCACUCUCCAGCACACAGUUCCCUUCCUUUUGUCUGCUGAUAGGUAUUCUAUGCUUGCAGUUGAGUCUGGAAGAGGAAUGACUUGUGGGAACAGAGCUGUUGAUUCAGAUUUAACAGUGAAGGUUCUGGGACUCAGCUAAUUGGACGAAGCACUGCUUAGUGGCAACAAGGGCUGAUUCCAGAAUUCACAACCUGUUUUGACUUUUAGGGAUGCAUUCUCUGGAGGCAGGGGAGCCAGGGGAGGGAGAAACAAUGUGGGAAAUCCAGCUGCUUCUCUCUAUACUGUGGGCAACCAUCCCUCCACCGCCUGUCAGGAAAGCCCCAUUAGGGGCCCAAAGCCUACACUUCAUUUUCCUCCUUUUAACCUGUAGCUCAUAAAAUCGCUCCUCCACAGUCACUCGCUGCCAGAUAGGGCAGGUAAGACAGGAAACUUCUUGGGCCUGAGAACAAAGGAGAAAAGGGCAACACCAGCUGACACCUAAGCUGACCUCUGUGCUAUAAUCAUAGUCCUUAGCACUUAUCAUCCUGAUUUUAAAAAAAGGCAAGAAUGAACCCCUGCAUAUAUCUAUCUUCUGUGAACCCUUGGAAGAGGUCUACUGGGAUAAUAAGUGAUCUAAAAUUGGUGGAUAAAAAUAAAUGGCUAAAAUAAGUCUAUGACAUAGGAAUUGCUGUUAAACUCUUCGCAACCCAAAGGCAGGAAAAUGUUAAUGAACUUGCCCAAGGCAACCCAGUUAGUAAAGACUAGAUUGGAGACUGAACUUGUAAUGGCUCCAAAGUCUAUUCACUUGUUCCUCACCAUAGCAAAUCAUCAGGUAGGCCUGUCUCUAAACACCCACGCUGUUUCAACUUACGGCAUU